CAGUUUCUUAAUCUUUUUUAUACAGAAUGGGCGACUCUCAAAGAAAUUCCGUAGUUUCAAAAACUGAAAGUUUUUCUAAAUCAAAAGGCUUUACCAAAAAUGUGCGGUUAAGGCGGCAACCGCGAUUGCAAAGACAGGAUUCUCUUGGAGCUAUAGAAGAAUUAAUACAAUGUGGAAUAUGUCUAGAAAAAUUAACACAACCCAAAAUGUUACCCUGCCAACACACAUUCUGCCUAAACUGCCUUCAUUCGCAUCUGAUGGCUCACAGAGUGCUAAUAAAGCAACAAAGUUUAGACAGUCAAAAUGCAGUUUCCAAAAAACCAGCAGCUAUCAAGUGUCCUGUUUGUCAGAAGAGAGUUGACCUGGAAAAGGGCGUCGAGUCUUUGGCCGAUUUACCGAAAAACUUGUACAUCGAUUCAGUAAUGAAACUAGUCGCAGGGGACAUUUCCCCAAUUAGUACAAAGUCUGACAAUCGUUGUGUAAAAUGCCACACAUUUUCACAGCAAGAAGAACAGUGCUGCCAGCACUGCAUGCAGGUAUUUUGCAAUGUUUGCUGGAACGAGCAUCUCACCGAAUUAGAAUCAAAUUUAUCCGUGUUAGUCAAACAAGUUGAUGAGUCAAAAGUGCGGCUGGACCACAAACUGGAAAAUUUCGAAAAUCGGUGCCAGCGGUUGGUUGAAAGAAUUAAAGAAACGACCCUUCAAAAAAUCGAGUUAUUGAAAGCCAAAGAAGAAAAAGUGUUGAAGGACGUGGAGACUCUUGUGGGGGAAGGAAACACAACUUAUGACGAUAUUAGUACCAGACUAGAAGAACUAAAAACGAAGCUCUCUGGUAAUUCGUUUCAUAACAACAAUGGGAAGGUUUUCAGUUUCAUGAAUUUCCACCGAGAAACUUCUAGUCUUCUUUCUGCGGUCAGCCGUUUUGUAGAAGCUCGUGUUAUUUUUGACCCUGAGUCCUUCAGACUGGACCAGGCUACGGAGGGUAUUUACAACGAAGUCGAAGAUGGUGAAAAUGCACCUCCACGUGGUACCAACUCUCUGGAACGAUAUGAAAAUGCGAGUCAACAAUACAGGAAUCGUUCAUUUGUUCCAAAAUUAGUGUGGAGUAAAUGUCCAAGACCAGCAAACGUUGCAGUUCCACCAUGGGAUAGUCGUUUGCUAUAUAUAGCAGCCACUGAUACCCAUACCGUUCUUAUUCUCAACCGUGAUCGAAGGAAGCUGCAAGGACGAUUAACCUCUUCUGAAAUGUUGUAUCCUCAAGGGAUAGCAUUUUCCAAAAAGCAUCAAGAAAUCUACGUCUCUGAUAAAUGGAAGCACUGCAUCCACGUUUUUUCAAAAAAUGGUGACUACCUUCGAGACAUGCUAUCCAAAGGUAAUGGAAAUGGUAAGGUGAGAAGUCCCGAUGGUAUUGCAAUGGGCCCAAAUGAAGAACUUGUUAUUUGUGAUAGUGGAAACGACAGAAUAAUACUAAUUGACUCCAAAACGGGAGAACACUUGUCCACCAUUGGUAUUAUUGAUAAAAAAACAAUGCUGAACAUGCCGACAGGUGUGGCGGUUAGCGGUGAUAAAAUAAUCGUGGCUGAUACUGGAAACCACAGGAUUAAAAUCUUCUACCUAGAUGGUAGAAAAAUUCACGAAUUUGGUUCACUGGGAAAAAGCAGAGGUCAAUUUAGGUCAGCUGAAGUUGUAGCUGUGGAUCCUCUAGGGUUUAUUUUAGUAGGAGAUGGAGGAAAUGCUAGAGUACAAGUGUUUAAACCCGACGGCGGAGUAGUCAAAAUUUUUGGAGGGCCCGGACAAGGCAAUGACGGAUUUGGAUGGGUGUCAGGAAUUUGCAUAACCAAUGAAUUCGAUGUUAUUGUUGCUGAUAGUAAAACGCGAUGUUUGAAGAUAUUUUAACGUAUUAAGCUUGGCACGAACUUUUUUAAAGUUUUGUAUCUCUUGUAUUAAAAUUAAGAACGAGUUUUUCAUGAUUGCUGAAAGGUAAAUAGCGUGAUGACUGUAAAUUUGCAACGUAAAUGCGAAUUCUGCGGUUCUUAAUUUUAAGUGGUUACAAAUAAACUUAAUUUAUUUAAAAUGUUAGCAGACGGUGGAGGGUAAAUAUAUUUGUUUUUAUACUACA